GUUAUUUUAUCACGAACCCAAGAGCCGCAUUAACACUUAAAAAAUAAUAAUAAACUGCAACUUUAAAUCCACUGCCUCAUCAUCUUCUUCAACCUCUAGCUUCGCUUUACUCUCAAACCUGAGAUUUCAUUUGAGAAAAUUUUAAUGUUUAAAUAACAAAAAAUCUCAUAUCCAAAAUAAACUGGUAAAUAUCUGAAACCUUAAACUCUCGAAGCUCUGAAACUUGGCUAGUUAACCCCAAUGGUGUCUCUUCAAGAUUCGCAUUCCGGGUCGACCCGGUUCCACCUGACCCGAAACUAUUACAUGGCGUCGCCAAGCUCGUCUACCAGAAUUAACAGAAAUACUGGCCGUUCGAUGCGAACCAUACGCUCCACCAUCUUCCAAGAAGACCAUAGCUGCUCCGAAGUCUCUCGCUGUGUUUCCGAGAAUUUAACUGAAUCCGUUAUCGACAUGAGGCUCGGCGAACUCGCUUCCCGGACUAACAAACCGGCCAAGUCUACAUCGACUGAGGAGGAAUUUCUCGAGCUUUCUCAGGCUUUCAGUGAUUUUUCUGCCUGUAGCAGUGAUAUAUCGGGCGAGUUGCAGAGACUCGCGUGCUUGCCGUCACCGGAAAACGUGCCAAAGAGUGAAACUGAGGAUUCCCGAGCCGAGCCUGAACCAUGCCAAGGGUUUCUACAGAGAGAUACUUUCUCAACCGAGAUAAUUGAGAGCAUAUCUCCUGAAGAUCUACAACCGACAGUCAAGAUCUGCGUCGACGGUCUCCAAUCAACUUCGAUCGCCGUGAAACGCUCAGCUGCCGCAAAGCUCCGUCUAUUAGCGAAGAAUCGCUCCGACAACAGAGCCUUAAUUGGUGAGUCCGGUGCGGUCCCUGCUCUGAUUCCUCUCCUCCGGUGCAGCGACCCGUGGACUCAAGAACAUGCUGUGACGGCCUUGCUGAACCUCUCUCUCCACGAAGAAAACAAAGCCCUAAUCACCAAUGCCGGAGCGAUAAAAUCUUUAGUCUACGUUCUCAAGACAGGUACAGAGACCUCGAAACAGAACGCGGCGUGUGCUCUGCUCAGUCUUGCCCUGGUAGAGGAGAACAAGACUUCAAUCGGAGCUUGUGGCGCGAUUCCUCCUCUGGUUUCGCUCUUGCUUAACGGUUCCACGAGAGGGAAGAAGGAUGCACUAACAACACUAUACAAGCUCUGCUCAGUGAAACAGAACAAGGAGAGAGCCGUAAGCGCCGGAGUGGUGAAGCCGUUAGUUGAGCUGGUAGCGGAGCAGGGAACGGGGUUAGCUGAGAAAGCGAUGGUAGUUUUGAGUAGUUUGGCGGCGGUGGAAGAGGGAAAGGAGGCUAUUGUGGAAGAGGGUGGGAUUGCGGCUCUGGUUGAAGCGAUCGAGGAUGGUUCUGUUAAAGGGAAGGAAUUUGCGGUGUUGACUUUGCUUCAACUUUGCGUUGACAGUGUUAGAAAUAGAGGGCUUCUUGUCAGGGAAUGUGGGAUUCCUCCACUGGUGGCUCUUUCUCAGUCCGGUAGUGUUCGAGCUAAGCAUAAGGCUGAAACUCUACUUGGGUAUUUGAGAGAACCAAGGCAACAAGAAGCUGCCUCUUCUUCAAGUCCUUGAAAGAGGACGAAGGAGAAUUAAACUUCAUAAUUUAGAGAGGAGAUUAUAUACAGUGUGGUUGGUUGUUCAUGUAUAUAGGGAAGUUGGCUUGUUCUCCCUUUUUUUUUUCUUUUUUCUUUCUUGGGUAUUGAUUUCCAUAAUUAAUUGCAUGUACAGUGUGUUUGAGAAACUAGGGAGAAGGAUUGUAGGGGGGGAGAAGAAUAUAGGGGAAGUAAAAUGACAUUUUAGAUGUAUGAUUAACUAAGUUUUGGUUCCUUUCCCCAACUUUUUUAAUUUUUUUUUUUCUAGAGGUGGAAUACAUGUUUGGCUUGUGGGUUCUGGGUUGAUGAUAUUUGGGUUAUUGUCCUUGUGUUUUGUUUGGGCAAAACCCAAUGUUGUUAAAAAAAGUAAAAAAAGUUCACUAAUCAUUUUGUUUUACUUAGUGAAAUUAAAGAUAGAAAAUAUUAUGAAAUGCUUGGUCUUGGAGCUUGUUCUUUCUUUCA